AUGACGCCUUGGAUUCUUGGAGACCGAUUCAACACUGUUUACCCGCACAAGGGCUCGAUCAAGGCUCUGUGGGAGACUAAGUGGAAGUUCUGUUGCCAGAAAUCAAUCUACCCAUUCCACGAUGGCUCCAUCGAAGACUUUGAGCCAAUCUUCGAGAAACUAAUCGCUGAAAACAUCAACGACGCCUUCUCAGACGCCUACACAAACGCCUUCCUCCCCAUCGCCGAAUCCCUCGAAAAACAAGCCACCGAAGCCCUAAACUACGGCCACCCAGACCGCGCCUCAGACCUCUACCGCCGCGCCGCCGUAGUCCUCCGCAUCUCCCGCUUCCCCUACGUCAGCCACACCAGCCGUCCAGAGUCAUCUCUCAAACGACUCGCCUUCGACCGCCAGAAGAAGGUCUACCUCGCCGCAGCUUCCCUGUGGAAACCACCCCUCAAGGAAGAAGUCAUCCCGCACAAGCACGCUGCCAGCAACGAUGGAUCCAGUAUCCCGCUGUACAUCCGGCUACCGGAGGAAGCGUCUGCGUCGAAUCGCGUCCCCGUCGUCCUGAUCAUGACCGGUCUGGACGGGUAUAGACCUGAUAAUAGCCAGCGGACGCACGAGAUUCUUGCGCGGGGCUGGGCAACUGUUAUCGUUGAGAUUCCCGGUACGGCGGAUUGUCCUGCGGACGCUGCGGAUCCGGACUCGCCGGAUCGGUUGUGGGAUAGUGUGUUGGAUUAUAUGGCGACGAUGCCGGAGCUUGAUAUGAGCCAUGUUGCCGUUUGGGGACUGAGUGCUGGUGGCUUUUAUGCUAUCCGUGCGGCUUGUACGCAUCGGCAGCGGUUGGUGGGUUGUGUGGCGCAUGGGCCUGGAUCGCAUCAUUUCUUGGGGAAGGAGUGGUUGAGUCGGGUUAAUGAUCAUGAGUAUCCGUUUACAAUCACCGACUGCUGGGCUGAGAAGUAUGGGUACUCCAGUACCAAGGAGUUUGAGGAGAAUGCUCAGAAGAAGUUCUCCCUUGUCGAGACUGGUGUCAUGGACCAGCCUAACUGUCGACUGCUUCUGCUGAAUGGCGUUGACGACGGCGUCGUGCCUAUUGAGGACUCGCUGAUCCUCUUCAACCAUGGCGGCCCCAAGGAAGGACGGUUCUUCGAGGGUAUGGUCCAUAUGGGAUACCCCCAUAGUCUGCCAGUUGCAUACAAGUGGCUGGAGGAUGUACUGUCGCCGAACAGAACCGAGGUGAAGAAUUAG